AUGAUUCCAGCACAGAAGCCACCGCGUGGUGCCGCUAUGGGCGUCCAACGCCCGUGGGAGACAGAAGUCGGGACGUGUGCUGGCGUCCGGUACGACCGAUCGGACACGUGGCGGCAAGAAGAGCACGGGCGGUUCAUGCAAGCGCUCGAGCUCUACGGCUCGAGACAAGACGGGGACGAGUGGACGCACAUCACGGACUUUGUGGGCUCGCGCACGCUCGCAGAAGUGCGUCAGCACGGCCGGCAGUACCUUCAGCAACUCGUUCGGCAGCUGCCACCUUCACCGUCGAUGGUAGCGCCGUUGACUCGCCAGUCAUUGCUCACGCCUGGGAGUCGACAUGACGCAAGUAGACUGACGAGUGAGGCACGAAGGAGUGGGGACUUGCACAAGCUAAGAGGGGAGUCCAGAAAGCGAGGGAUAGUCCAGCCAGACGCGCCGAUUGCUGCUGGUGGAAGUGCGCUGAGUGCAGCAGCACUGGAGUGUGCACAAGCGUUGACUGGACAGACUCUAGGACAGACCCGUAGCCAGCCGCUCCAGCUUUCAGAGCAGCAGAUUGCUGCGUUGCGCCGAAAUGGACCCAAGUCAUCGACAACGUGGUCGUUCAAAGAGGAAAAGGCGUUUGAGGUAGCACUUGCAGGUUGGGCUGGAAGCGAAUCGUACCCGUGGACGGAGAUUGCAGCGGGUGUACCUGACAAGACGGUCAAAGAUGUGCACCCCCGCUUUGACGAGAUGGUGGACGAAGUGGACUCGACUGAGGCGAGCGAGACACCUGUGACUGACAGCUCGGCCGUAAGCAACGUCUCCAGUGGCCAUGUGGCCGUGCACCAACAGGGACGUAGCUCGCUGAGUCAACGCGCGGUGCCACCACCACCGAUUGAGGUGCCGCCGAGAAAUCCAGGUAAAGGAACCGGUUCGCGAACCCGAAGAGGCUCUACCUGCUCGAUCGGUAUGCUCAGUCCGACGUUUAUCGACAUGUUGGCGAACGGCGCAGAGAGCGAAGAGAAGGUGCUGCUGCCGGCUUUGCCGUUCUCGACGUUGCCGUCGCCUUUGUUUUCGCCGACGCUGCUGCCAUUAGGGUCGCCGGGUUUCUUCAGUCCUGGCAACAAGAAGUCGGCGAUGCGCAGCCAGCACGACAAGAAGCUUUCGAUCGCAGACAGCUCCGAUGACGUCGACAUGAGUGCUGUCGAUGUCGAAACGACAGUAGCGGUGACGACACAUGACGACCCGCGGCAGUUUUCGACGCCGCGGAUAUGGAACGACUUUCUUGCUGACGUUUUCAAGUUUGACGAUUCGCUCGGACUGACGCCGUUGCAUGGCAGGAGAAGGACACCACGCGUCAAGACGCCGACAGGUUUUGACAAGAGGUUGACGGGAGCAGCAGACGAGCACGAUAUCGAAAUGACGGACGCCUCAACGCCAGGCACGUGA